GAGAGAAUGAAAAAGGCAGAACGAAAUAGAGGAUCAGCUUAGACUCUUGGCACAGCAGAGAAAUGAGCACCGGUAACAUAUCCACUGCAGCUACAACAGCUGGGAUAGAUGUUUCCAAAAACAUCCAGUUAGCCUCCUUGGUCAUCUACUGUAUAAUAUCUGCGGUUGGGAUUCUGGGCAACGGUCUGGUCAUCUACGUGACAGGCUUCAGGAUGAAGAGAACCGUCAACUCAGUUUGGUUUCUCAACUUGGCCCUGGCUGACUUCCUCUUUACAACCUUCCUGAUUUUCACAAUCAUUUCUUACUCUCAGCAUUUCCACUGGCCUUUUGGACUUUUUGUGUGCAAGAUCAACACUUUAGUGACUGUGGUCAACAUGUUUGCCAGUAUCUUUCUUCUGACAGCCAUAAGUCUGGAUCGUUGCCUGGCAAUAUGCGUGGUGGUGUGGGCACAAAACAAGCGCACCGUUUGCAAAGCUCAGAUUAUAUGUGCAGUCAUCUGGGUUGCUGCUGUAGCCUGCAGCGCCCCUUUUGCCACUUUACGUGAAGUUCAUACGAGUGGUGACUCAAUUUACUGUAUUUAUUCUGAAUCCUUGACAUCUGAAAAAGAUUUGACUCUAAAAAUCUUUCGCUUUCUUAUGGGCUUUCUUCUCCCAUUCCUGGUAAUAUUUGUCUCGUAUGUGGCCAUAGGUGUUCGCGCAGGGCGCCUGCAGAGGAGCCGGAAAAAGAGACCUCGCAGAAUCAUUUUCUCUAUCGUUUUUGCAUUCUUUAUCUGCUGGUUUCCCUUCCAUGUUAUGCAGUUCAUAGAAUUUAAGGUUAAAAGUCACAACAAUUUUGUUAUGAUUGGAGCUCCUCUGACUGUGUGUCUGGCUUUUAUGAACAGCUGCCUGAACCCCAUUCUCUACGUUUUCAUGUGUGAUGAAUUCCAGAAGAAGCUCAAGCAAUCCAUAUGCUUCGUCCUGGAGAGUGCCCUGGCAGAGGACCACUUGUCAUUCAUGUCCUCUCGCUCCCUGUCCUCACACUUUUCCAAGUCUUCCCGAAAAUCUGACUCUGUUGCACCUUUGGAGAGGAAAGACACAUCCACUACCUUAACCUUCAUGGAAUGCAAAGCGGUCAUCACCGAUGAGAAUGAAGCAGUGUGCACUUAAUCAGACCUCCAUAACCACUUCCUUAAACUUCACAGAAAGCAAAGUGGUCAUCACUGAGGAGAGAGAGAGAGAGAAGAGAGAGAGGAGAGAGAGACACUGAGCACUGAUUGAAUCCAUACUUGUGAUAUAGUAUAUAAUAGUACAGUGAACUAAAAAUCACAUGUUCAAUUGAUUCAAAUAGUACUUACAUAUAUCCUUGGAAAAUAAGUAGAAUAUUAACUGUGUAUUUUUUUUAUGUUAAAGUGCCUACUCACUGACUAGUGUUUUUUACUUUCAAAUGGCUUUUAAGACAUCCCUGCUGGUACUUAUGUUGCACCUGUUAUGACUUGCAUAAUAGUUUGACGACGUCAGACAUCUUUCAAAGUGUUCUAGGUCUUAUCAGCCAGAAUAAAUGAAAACACCUGUGAGGGUGUGCUUCAGCUUCUUGUGUAAUCAUGAAUGUAAAACAUUUAAAGUCAAGACUUGCCUAGGAUUCAUUUUGAUAGAGAAAUUAGUUUUAUGUUGAUGUUUGUAAGCUUUUGAUGCCCAUUCAUUUACCCAUAGUUAUCAGCAUCUAUGACAGUCACACACAAGAAUUAACUUUUAUAACUGUGCAUUUUAAUACAGAGAAUAAAAACAUGUUGAUGAGCUGUUCUAUUUUUUCUAUGGGACAAACACAAGCACACACUUCUCCCUAGGUGGUGUUUUAUCUUCCACAAUCGACACCACAAUGGUAAAAUGUGUUUGCAAAAUGGAACAUACUUACUUAGUCAAACCACUCCAAUGACUGAAAGCACUCCACAAAUGAGUUUGCAAGAUGCAAAUAAGAAUGCAAAUACAACUUGGUUUUGGCAGUUAGUCAAAGCACAUUAUCUAUCUAACAAAACACUUUUUUAAAAAUACUUUAUCCUUUAAACUGACAAGUUGUAAUAGUAGGCGGCUGCAUAUAUGAACAAAAAACCACCUAACCCUAAAAAAAUUCUAACAAAAGGUUUCUCAGCUGUUUUUUGUAGUAUUAGGUGUCCUUAAUAACAUACUAAAAGU